AUGAACUCUCGAGAUAAAAUUCAAGCGACGUUUUCAUGUCUACUCAUUGGGCUAUGUGAAUUAUCAGAAAAGAACCUGGGCGAAGCUGGGUUAUCGUUCACAGUCGCACAAGCUACGAAAGUGCUGCAGAGCUGCUUUAUCAAGCGAACGACUGGCUGUGUGGAGCAGACCACGAGGAUCAAAAUUUCAAAACAUCAUAGCUUUUUGUUUCUCAAAGAGUUUGUUUCUUUACAUUUGCUAUUUCCUUCCACAAUCAUUGGCCCCCUUCAUCAAAACUCCACCCUUCGUCCCACCGCCAAGGGGCUGGCUUUAUUACACAAUUUCUGUACCAAAAACGGUACGAUGACCGGGCCGGUUUGCCAAUUGUUGCAGUCGCUUUAUAAUACAUUGGAUCUGGUAGUCUUACCAAGGGACAGCCAGGGCAAUAUCAAAGUCUCUUCCGGACUUGUAUUUACGCUGUGGAAAAAAGUUCUGGGAGAGCAGCCUUGUGUAUUUGACGCCAAAAUUCACCCCGACAAAGUUACGGGCAUGGGGUUCCAUAAUGUUGCUGGCAGGUAUGCGAAAAGCUUGAGAAAGUUUGAGAUUCCAACUCCCACUGGGAACUCGCCGUAUUUCAAAAAGUACUUCAAUCAUCCAAAUUCAAACGCUCUGAGCCAGUAUUGGGAAGCUUCUGGAGUUCGGCUAUUUUCGAAUCUCACUUUCCAGGGCAAAAAAAAGAACACUCGAGACUAUGUUGUUUCCGGAAAGGCUUUAUGGCAGUGGAUUAUGGACUGCACUGAUGUUUUAAGCAUGAAAGAGGCAAUGACCAUUGUCCAUCUGUUUCUGGUCAACAAACUCAUCAGACCAAUCAGGGAAGAGGUUUGUGAGUCGGUUGGGUUCGAAGACAAACUGCCUCUGAUUGUGUCGAGACUGACACUGUACGAUAUAACCAGUUUAGGGCGCUCCGUUGCAAACUGGACCCACGAGAUGGAAGUCACCCACAUCACAGCAAACAAUCUCAAGAUUCAAAGGAGCCCAGCCAAGGGCACGCUUGACCAAAAGUACGUUGAGCUUCUAGACUUGUAUUUUUCGGGGAUCCACGAAGCAGACUUUGAGACAAUCGCAUCCCUGAAGGUGCUGCUUGGUGAGCCGGGACUGUUGAUUCUCUUCAAAGAGUGGGUUUGCCAGCAACAAAGCAUUGAGCCGCUCUUGUUCCUCGAGGACUUUUAUAAUGUCAAGCGCUACUUUUCUGAGCUGCAAUCAAUGAACCCCCAAACCACCUCACGAGGGCUGCAAACUUUGUUCAAACUAGCAUUUCAGUACAUUGGCGCCGACGCCCCGAUUGGCCUCAACAUAUCCACGGACGAAACAACCAACAUUCUGGCUCAGCUAGGAAACGGACCCGAGAUUCUUCUCCGGUCUCUCGAGUCUGUAAUCCACCAGCAAGAAGAAAUGCUGGAAAGCCUGGCCACCCGAUUCACCAAAGAGUACAGCAGCGAAAUCACCCCGGCUCUCAAGCAGUACGUCGUAAAACAGCAGCUGUACUAUGCAGUUAAUGUCAUGAUGGCCGAGGCAACCUUGCCUAAGCAAAAGUAUGUGUAA